UGGAGGAUGAGGGCCGCGGAGCCGCGGGGAGCGCCCCGGCGGCGGCGGCGUCCGACCGCUUCGUGCGGUGCCUUUACGCCGUGGGUUUCCUGGAUUUAUUUGGUGUGAGUAUGGUUGUUCCUCUACUGAACCUUCACAUCAGAUCUCUAGGGGCAAGUCCUACACUUGCUGGAAUAAUAGGCUCUCUCUAUGGUGUAUUGCAGUUCUUUUCAAGCACAUUUGUGGGAUGUUGGAGUGAUGUAAUAGGAAGACGGUACUCCCUGCUUGCUUGCAUUCUUCUUAGUGCACUGGGUUACUUCCUUCUUGGAAUAUCCACCACUGUAUUUGUGUUUGCCAUUUCUAGAGUCUUUGUAGGUAUUUUCAAGCACACACUCUCCAUUUCGAAAGCCCUGCUUUCUGACUUGGUUUCUGAGAGAAACCGUCCUCUAGUAAUAGGACGCUUCAAUGCAGCCUCUAAUGUGGGCUUCAUAGUGGGGCCUGUGGUUGGUGGCUACUUUACAGAGCUGGAAGGUGGCUUUUAUCAAGCAUCUUUCAUCUGUGCCUCUAUCUUCAUUCUGAAUGCUGGUCUUGUCUGGGUGUUGCCAUGGAGUGAAGAAAACAGGAGCAGUAGUGAAGGUGAACAAUGCACCAACAGCAACAAAGUUACAGACAAUUUCUCAGCAAAAGCAAAUCAUGACCUGCAGUUAAAAUCAGUAACUAUGGGAAGUAAUAGUCCUCUCCAGUCUUCAUGGAUCCAGACUGCACUGGUGCUGAAGAGGAUGAAAGGCAUUGCAUGUUCUGAUUUGUGGGAUAUAUUUCUGAUACGGUUUCUAAUGUCUGUCACUAUACUGCUAUACUACAGUAAUUUUGGUCUGGCCUUGGAGGAGAGAUUUGGGGUGAAACCCAAGUUCACUGGAUACCUAAUAAGCUAUAGUAGUACUCUUGGAGUCCUUGCUGGUUGUGUGCUUGAGCCAAUAACAAGACUCUACCAGCACAAUACUUACACAAUUUUGUUGCAUUCCAGCAUUCUUUCUUGCACACUGAUUCUUCUGUACUCAUUAGCACUUAACAUAUGGACAGUCAUUUUCUCUUGCACAUUCUUAGCUUUUUUGACUACUGUAGGCCGUACUUGUAUCAUUGAUCUUGAAUUGAGCCUUGGUGGGAAUCAGGCCAGUGGUAUGCUCCUAGGUGUUGGACAGUCUGUGACAUCAGUGGGACGUGUAGUUGCCCCACUCCUUGCAGGAAUUGCUCAGGAGUUCAGUCCUUGUGGUCCUCCAAGUCUAGGGUGUGGACUAGCCUUAGUAGCUAUUCUGGUAAUGAUUGUGAACAAACCAAAAUACUGUGACAAUAGAAAUGUUAAGUUAAAAACUCAGUAGUCGCAAAUUUGGAUUGAGUGGAAUAUCUCAAAGGAAAGACAAAGUGAAUUAAAGAACCUGGGGUAAUGGUUAUACCUGCCAGACGCAUACAGCAUCAUGUGUUCAGAUGGAGGCAAGUAGAUAUAAAUGUCUUCUGCAGUGUUGUUACUCUGGACAGUUCUCUGUGAGCUGGUACUAACAGAACACUUGUGAGAGAGACAUAUUAAUAUAAAGUGUUAGCUUUUUAAUUUUUUUUUUAAGGAUUUUUAACCUUUUGGAGGAAAAAAUGAUACAAAAUAGACAAAUACUGUUUGGACAUAUUUGAAGCAAUGUUUACAUUGUUAGGCGCAGACGUGAAGAAGCUGAUUUUUAUUAUUUAAUCAGAAAUGUAUUUUUAUUACUUAAUCAGAAGGAGAAUUUUCAGUAUAGCUUGUUAGCCUUUAUUUCUUAUACUGUUAUGAAUAAGCCAUUGGUCUACUGUGAUAGUGGCAUAAUGAACAGGAUGUUUCCAUAUGUGACGUUAUGAAGCAUGCUUGGCCUGUAAUACUUACUGUGUAGCAUGAUAAGGUAUUUUAGAGCAGUCAUUUGACUCCUGCUGAUUCUUUCCCAGGUAACAGAAUUGGUUAUGUGCUAACUUCAUGUAUUAGCAGGCCUAAAAUAGUUUUAAAAUAAUGCAAAGUCUUCAGACUGAAACUGAGAAUGUAAACUUUGUUGAAAGUUGCACUAGUGAUUUUUGUAUUAAUUAUGACUUCUGGAUGAAUUUAACAUAAAUAUUUUUUAAUAUUUCCUGAGCAAUUUUUCUACUUUCAUUUUAAAAAUACAUUCCCCUCUUAUUUUUUUGGAUGACUGUUAAAGGUAUGCUGGAGCAAAUAGGAGUAGUUUAAAGGGGGCUCUGGAUUGUGUUCUCUUUCAUCUUUGGAGGCAUAAAUGACAUUUUAGUGACAAGAGAAAAACUAUUUAUUUGGUAUUGUAGUCAUCAUUUGUCUAGAUGGUUUAACUAAUGAAAGAUUACUCAACUACAGUGAGAGUUGUAGCACUGGCUCGUUACCAUUUGUUGUUCAAACCUAUGUUACUCAGCAGUCAUAACCAUUUGGUAUUUAAUUUGAAACACACAGCAAGCAUAUUUUGCACUAGUAACAUUGAUCCCGUGUGUUUUUCCUAGCAUUACUUGAUGAAGGUAGAAAGUCAGCUAUGUAUAAUGUUGUUUUUUGGUAAAAGCAAUGUAGUUACCUCCCUGAAGACAAAUGUGCAAAUAAUGUUGCUACUUCAGGAGAACCACUGGUGUUAUGCAUUUUUUUUUCUUCCUUUUCCUUUCGCUUUCAAGAGCACCUGAUACAGUUAAAGGCCCUUGCUGAAAGCGAUUCAGAUGGAAGCGUCAUGAGAAUAGAUAUAAAACUUCCAAUUGUUUUAAUGUUUAUGUUGAGAUAAUGAGUAUGUCUUAUUACUGCUGUCAUUCCAGUAGAUAGUCUCAUUUUCUGUGUGAUAGGUAAAGCUCACAGAGAAAAGAGUUCCUAUUCUAAUUGUCUCAUUCACUUGUCCUUAUGAACUUGAGGAAUUUUCAAGUGUUUUUUGUGCCCUUACUUUGCUCCAUGGUUGCCUCAAAGCACUCUAUAAAUUUCCUAUCCUGUUCUUUUCCAGUCAUUAGAACAAUUUUUUUUCCUCUAAACCCACAUUUCUCUAAAACAAGGAUUUCUGUUUUGCAGCUACAGCAAGGGGCAAGGGGGGAAGAAGGUAGGGGAAAAAAACCCAAAGAUUAAUUCAGUAUAUGUGAAAGAUUGAAAAAUUUUUACUAUUCUUAUUAUAUUAGAUAACAUUUAACCUUCUAGAGUCAGUGGACUGAUUAACGCUAAAUUCUAUAAACACUAUAAAAUUCAGUUUAGGCUAAACUAUACAACAACCUGAAUGUUGUUUCUGCAUAUAAAACUUCACUAUUUUUGUUAUGUACAAUGAAAAAUGUGCUAUCCACAAUCAGCAAAUAUUUUUGUUUUAUUAUGUUGUUUUGAAAAAUAGUUCUCCAUAUGGUCUUAAAUAAAAAUGGAGUUAAAUAUUUGAACUGAUAAACCUGUGGAAGGCUGUGGUCUCAGGGGCAUGUUGUAACUGAUGUUACUGAAAAAAAGUUUUUACUUGUUUACCAAGAUGAUUUCUAAAGUACUGUAGAAAUAUUUCUUCUUUGUAAAGCUAUAGUUACAAAAAAGUUACACUAAAAUUGUUUUUAAUAAAUAGCAAUAAAAUGGAAUGGCAUUCCACCUUUA